AUGCCCAAGAAGAAGAAGUUCCUUCAGGGUAACGACCGAGAUGUCCCGCGCUUCACUUGCAUCGGACGCAUACCCUCGGCAAAGGACCGGGAUCUCUGUGUUCGCGGGAAGGGAAGGGAACGAAAAGGCGGCGGCGCCUCGGGCGACGAGGAUUUCGACGCUCAAGGCAACAAGGACGAGGACAUUUUAGACGCCAAUAAAUGCAACGCCAAAGACACCGAAGACGACGCCGCUGCCGCCGCCGACGAUAACCAGGUCGGCCGAGCAGCAGAAUAUGCCGCUAGGAUCCGGUAG